UCCGCGUCUUCCGCCGGCUUCUCUCUCCAAGGCGAUGAGGACGCGCCGCGUGUGCGGCGGCCCCCGAGGAGGAGGAGGCAAGCGAGCAUGGGCGAAGGAGGGAACCCGGGCGAGUUGUCGCACCUCGAGGGGGCCGCGCUGGAGCUGCAGCAGGAGAAGCAGAUGAAAGAAAUGCUAGAACUCUCAAUAUAUGAAAUGAAAAAUGUAGUAGCAGAGUUGGAAAAAAGGCUCGACAGUGUUGGGAACGAAGACAAUGAAUGGAAAACCAGAUAUGAAACCCAAAUAGAACUGAACAAACAGCUGGAAAGACAAAUUGGACGUCUACAAGGAAAGAUGGAACAUGUUUGUGGCAGUCCAACAGACAGAUUGGCUUCUAUUCGCUCCUUUGAUCAAAUGCAUGUGGAUUCAUUAAAUCAGUUUCUUAAACAUCUGGAAGAGGAGAAGAAAAGUCUCCAGAACCAGCUAAAAGAUUAUGAGCUUAGAUUGGAACAAGAAGCAAAGGCUUACCAUAAAGUUAAUGAUGAACGCCGUGCAUACUUAGCAGUGAUUUCACAAAUAUCAGGAUCUCUGAAAUCAUUAGAGGAGCAGAAGAUGGAUGGAGUGGAAAUGAAAAGGGAAAAUCAACGUCUCAGAGGAAAGUAUAAUAUUCCAAGAAAUCAAAGAAUACUGGACCCAAAGAAAGGACCAAUUAGAAAGACAGCAGGAGUGAAGCAACUUCCAAAACUUAAGCCCUGAUAUCUUACUCCAACAUUUUCUAUUCCUUUCUUCAUCUCCUUUUAGCAAAGGAUUAUAGCGAAGUAGAAAAAAUAUAUUUUUCAGAGAAUAGCAAAGUAAAAUUACUGACAUCUUGACUAUAUGUAGAAUAAGUAGAUCUCAUUGACUCUGUGUGGAUUUUCAUGUAGAGGGAUGUCUGCACCAUACAUGGUGUGUGUGUGUGUGUGUG